UACAAGUUCAAUUGAUUUAUACUUUGGCUAUCCUUCUUGUCAUUCAAUGCAUAUACUUCUUAGUUUGCAUUAGAAAAAUAAUUUCAUUUAUCAUCAUUAUCCCACCAAACAACCAUAUCCGCCGCCCCCAUCUUCUUCCAUUCCAAUCACCGGAUCCACCACUCUCUGACAUGGACACGCUGGAAUUCUCAUCGGGCAGAUCACCUAGGAGGGAGCUCCAAGGACCUCGUCCAGCACCUCUAAAAGUACGUAAAGAUUCCCACAAGAUCAGAAAACCGCCAGUUGCACCGCCACCGCAGCAGCUGCAGCCUCGACCACCAGUCAUAAUCUACACCGUCUCUCCCAAGAUAAUCCAUGCAAAUCCUAACGAAUUCAUGUCACUAGUUCAACGUUUAACCGGCCCGAACUCAACCUCGACCUCGACCUCAGUUUUUCAAGAAAAUUUCAACAAUGGUGGAAUAUCUCCAGCUGCACGUUUUGCUUCUAUAGAAAAAACCAAGUCCCCAGAAGGAAGAAAGUUACCACAAGCUUUUAAUGGGAUGGAAAUGGUUGGAGGAAUAAAUAUUAGCACAGAAAUUGACAACACUUGCAGGCAAUUUCAGGGUAUUUUAUCUCCUAAUCCAGCUUCUCUUCCAACUAUUCCAUCCAAACAUUUUUCCCUUUCAUCUGAUACAAAUCCACUGAAUUUUUUCUAUGAUUUAAGCCCAGUUUUACACAGUAACAAAAAUUAUUUAGAGCGUAGUUUAAUUCCAAGUCCAACUUUUCUUUCACCCUAUAUGCCUUCUCCCAAUACUGUAGACCUUUUCCAUAGUUUAUUUGACCUUUAACCAUACACAAAAAUGCAGGACUUAGUAGAUUUUCUCCCAAACCCUCUUGGCGACGAAGACGGUAUACGACUGGAUCUGAAUAGCAGGUUCGACCCUGCUUAAAAGUCAAUAUUUUUAUCUUUAAUAAGUUACUUUUAAACAUGAUAGAUGUGAUUUCGAAAUUUCUUUGAUGUAAGAUUAUUAUCACCAUUUCUUUACAAAUAAAAGUUAAAUUGUGGGCCUCAUGCUUGAUGCAUUAGUUGGCUCAAAUAUCUCUCUUGUCUUUGUUAUACUCGUCAUGGUUUGGGAUCUUUUUUUUUUUGUCAUGUAGCCUCUGGAUUGUAAUUUGAAACACAGAAAUAUUUAUUUGUUUGCGCUCU